GUUGUUGUUUGUUGUUGUUUGUUGUUGUUGUUUCUGCUUCUUCUUGUUGUUGUUUCUUGUGUUGUCAGUUGGUCUUCGCUUUGUUUGGAGAAGAUCCAGGAUCCUGGUCAGCAUGUUGCGCAGGAUCCGGGCCUUUCUGGCAAAAAGGUCCAGCCGAGCGGCCCCCCUGGAAGCCCCAGGGCAGCCGAGAGCCGCCCAGCCCACUGCCAGCCGAUGGUGGUGGAUUUGUGGCCGCAGGAACCGGGUGGCCCCCGCUCCUGCUCCCGCUCCCGCUCCUGCUCCCGCUCCGCUACCUCCGUUGGCGGCCCCGCCUCGCUCUCCUCCCCCGCUGUUGCCACCCCGCUCUCCCUCACCGCCUCCUCUGUCGCCACCUCCUCUGUCGCCACCACACUCCUCGCCUUCCCUGUCGCCGCCGCGCUCGCCCUCACCGCCUCCGCUGUCGCCAGCUCCUCUGUCGCCACCCCGCUCCUCGCCUUCCCUGUCGCCGCCUCCGCUGUCGCCACCUCCUCUGUCGCCACCCUGCUCGCCUCCUCCGCUGUCGCCCACCUGGGAGAGGAGCACGGCAGGACCAUCGGAACUCCCUACACAAGACGAUGGAGAUCUAACCCCCUGCCAGCAGGUGGAGGCCUGGUUGAGGCGGAGGAGUGAGACCCAACUCCCAGAGGAAGGCGCAGGGAAGGACCGGAGGGCAGCCCAGCUCGGCUUCCUCAGGGCCAUCCGCCAGGCCUGCCUGGAGGCAACCCAGAGGGGGGAGGAUCGGCUCCCGUUCAGCAAGGAGUGGGCAGCCCAGGACGUGCUGGAGGAGCUGGACUCCAUCGACCCCCUGCCAGAUCACCUCUUCUCUCUGUCCAUGGAGGUCCUCACCUUCUUGAGCCGGAUGAGGCCUUGCUUCUCCUGGGACAGAGAGGAGAGGGUGAUCAGGGGGUCCCUCUCCAGCAUGGGCCGCGUCCUGGGCGAAGCUCCACAGGGAGACCUGCAGAGCCCGUUCCUGCCCCCCGAAAAGGCCCUCCAGGCCCUCCUGAGGGAGCUCCUGACCCAGAAGCCCUCCCUGGCCCAUCUGAUCCGCAUGACGGAGGCCAUCGAUCUGGUCACCUAUUCGGUGGACCAGCGAGAAGUGGCGGUGGCGGAGAAGGCGGGCCUUUUUCUGCUGAAUGUGGCCAUUGGGCCACCCUUCCAUUUUGAGGCGGAGGUCAUCAAGCCUCUUCUGCCCCUGGCCAUCCGCCGGGUGGGGCGGACAACGGCCCGUGCCAAGGGAGACGGGGGGGACACUUCGAGUGAAGACGAGGACGACUGAUGCCCCCUUGUGGCCCAGCUCAGGGUGGAGGCGCAGCGGAGGCAAAGCUCCUGAAGGGAGGAGGACCCCAGUGGAUGGCCGAAGUCGGCGCCAGCACCAAAGAGGCUCUCGAAGGCACAACCGGCGGAGGCCCUGCCUGCCUGCCCAGCCCAGGGCACCAGGGGACCGCAGGGGGUGGGGUCGAGCCCAUUCCAAGCCAGCUAACCCAGCGAGACGUUGGGCCUGGUGUCGUGAUGAGGCCCAAGAAUGGGGCUGGGCUUCCUACUGCAAGCUCUUGCUUUCCAGACAGCCCUGCGGGUGGAACCUGCGCGGUGCGAUGGGCAAACAAGACUCUGUCCUGGAUGGCCAGUUUGGACUUGGGACGCGCAAGCUGACCGCCUUGGAAGCCACCCGCCUUGACGGCAUCACUUUCAUUUCGCAGUCCACUCAGCCUGUGGAUUCCAGGAAUCCUUUUGUUUGCAAAGAACUCCUCGUUUCUGCCGGUCAGAAAAGGGAAGAGCAGUUUCUCGGCUCUGACAGAAAGACAGCGACUCCUUUCCGUCUCAAUUCACUCCCUGUCUCAACACUUUCAGGGGGCUCUUUCUGGAGGCGCUAAAACCUGGAUCCUGCCGCAGUUCUUCAGCUUGACUCCAACUGGUUUGGAUGAGACUAAUUUCCACACUUGAUAUAUAAACUGCAUAAAUGUGCGACGCUGGAUAAUCAAUCUUGCAUUAAACGUUCUCUUGCUCAGAUCCUACAAUUUCGACCUAAUUCGAGCGAUUAACUGUUUUAUGUCAAAAAGCCAACGAGACGACCUUAUGAAAUCCGACUUUUACUUUCGUUUGAACAGUGGUUAAUUCCUGCAACCUUGAUUCACAUGCCUAUAUGUAUGCAUUUGUUUAUUUUGGCCCAAGGCCAGCAUAAAUACAAGAAGAAGAAGCAACAACAACAAUAAUAAAAUACAUAAAACAUUAAUACCUUCAAAUACCAUAUACACGACUAAUUUCAUUCAAAUGACACCGGUUAAUCUGAAAUGCACAGCCCGGCAUCUCGUCCCUCGAUCACUCUAAACCGAAUCUUGCUUGCUAUGAAGAAUGCCUGAUCACCUAAAUAGCCUGGAAAUUUUCCCUAAGAGGGUUUUUUUUACAACCCAGAGAACUGGGAGAAUCCAGAGAAUCAACCUUUGUUUUCUAAAGGUGCCUCAAAGUCACGAGAAAGAACAGCUAAGCCUGCAGUGCCUGAGAAACGAAU